AGGUUCCGCUUCUAGGGUUUUUCUUCUCUCUCCUCUUAUGUUCGUUUCGAUUUGCUUCUAGCAGCUCAAUUAGCCAUUAUUCCUUGAAAAUUUAUAAUCUAUAAUCUCCAAUCCCCAUAGGGCCGGUUAAUUUUUAUAUAGGUAGGAAGAACAUUGUUGCCAACUUGGGCUACACUCGAUUAAUGUCUUUGUUUGGGAAAUUUGAUCAUACGAUUCUGAUUAGAGAAGUUUUUUUGUUCUUUUUCCCAGAUUUUCAUCAAGAACCAUUCACUCUCUUCUUGGUUUGUCGAUUUCUGAAGAAAUACAGAGCUCUCACGACUCGAAGCAGGCAUUAAUGGGUCCUUCGCAGUGUACCCCUGGGAGUUGCAUCACAGGAGAGGUUUCUGUGAAUGGUCUCGAGGAGGGUCUGAGUAAGUGUUUACAAAUUCAAGAUUACAAGAACAAGAAUGAUAAUCGAAACGUAGAGAAGGAAGAUAAACCUCAAGAGUCUCAAGAAGAAGAUGAUGAUGACGAGGAUGAAGAGGAGGAGGAAGAAGAAGAAGAAGAUUUAACUGCCGCAAUCCUGGCACAGAGUGGGUAUAAAGUUAUGAAGAAUACUCGGAACAAGGAGAAAGAACAGCCUUAUGAAGAAGAGAAGGAUGAGCUUGAUGAAGAAGAUGAAGAGGACAUAACUGACGAAAUUGUGAAGCAGAUGGGCUAUUACAAAGAUUGUCCUCUCCACACACCUUCAUCUUUGCCUCCUGAUUUUGAGCUCAAAUCCGCCAUGAAAGGUUGCAGAGAGAAACAGGGUAAACCACCCGGGACCCGGAGUGUGACAUGGGCACCGGACGUUCGCGAUCCGACUCCAACGACCUCAGAGCAUUAUGCAACCAGCAAUAUUAAAAAGCAGAGUGGUGAGAGCAAGAAGAGUGGGAAGAACAGGCAGAAGUGGGGUGGCAAAGCUUCGGGAGAGGAAAGAGAGGGAAAGAGCAAAGAGAAAGAGAAAAAAAGAAGAAGCAAGUUAAGAAACAUGGUGGGAGUUCUGGAAAAAGUAUGGGCUCGGUGGAUGAUAGUGGUGGAAGAUUGAUUGAUGACAGUGAGAAGAAGGGUGGUAAGUUUGUGGGAAAAGGCAAAGGGAAAGAGAGAGAGAGAGAAAUAAGAAGCAUGGCAAGAGAAAUGGUGGGGGUUCCAGUAAGUUUUUUGACUAUGAUUGAAGCCUUUGUUGGAUUUUAGAAGUUCAUUAAUCUAAUUUUUAAUUUGAAUUAGGAAUAUAAGAAAAGUGGAGCUUUUACAAUGUUUAUUUGCUAGUAU